AUGGACGGCUUGGGGAACUACUAUUCUGUCACCUGGAACUGGUCCACUGUGGGCUUCCACAGCCACAGCUCCUUGGACACGAUGGUGACGGUUUUUUACCUCCUGUUGGUCCUGAGCAUAGGUUUAUGGGCUGUAUUGUCACACAACCGUGCUACAGUAAAAGACUUCUUCCUGGCUGGUGGAAAUCUAACAUGGUGGUUGAUAGGCACUUCUCUUUUUGCUGCAAACACUGGCAGUGGCCUCUUUAUGGGCCUGGCUGGACUAGGAGCUUCUUCAGGGAUCGCUGUUGGGGCCUUAGAAUGGAAUACUAUCUUAAUGCUCUUUGUUCUUGGUUGGAUAUUUAUUCCUAUUUACAUCAAGGCUGAGGUGGUGACAUUGCCAGAGUAUUUGAGGAAGAGAUUUGGUAGCAUCCGAAUCCAGCUGUUACUUUCUGUUCUGUAUUUAAUCCUCCAUAUCUUCAGUAGGAUUUCGCUGGAGAUCUGCUAUGGUGCCAUGUUUUUGAAAAUGGUUUGGGAUGUAGAUAUUUACCAGACUGCCCUACUGCUGUUGACCAUCGCUGGUAUCUAUACCAUAACAGGUGGUUUGACAGCUGUAGUUUAUACUGAGGCCUUCCAAGCUGGCAUUAUGCUUUUGGGAUCAUUAUUGUUAACGAUUUAUACCUUUCGUGAAGUGGGAGGAUAUAAGGAGCUAGUGGAUAAGUACUUCCAUGCUGUUCCAAGUGUGAUCAGUGAAGGGAACUGGACUUCCAAGCCAGCAUGCUACCUUCCUCGCUCAGAUGCUUUCCAUAUCUUCAGAGACCCCAUCUCUGGAGACAUCCCCUGGCCUGCACUGAUUCUUGGUGCCUCUACACUCUCCCUGUUCUACGGGUGUGCUGACCAGGUUUCUGUCCAGCGAUUAUUGGCAGGGAAGAAUAUGUCUCAUAUGAAAGGUGGCUGCCUCCUGUAUGGGUACUUGAAGCUACUGCCCAUGUUCUUCAUUGUCAUACCAGGAAUGAUAAGCCGCAUCUUGUUCCCAAAUCACGUGGCAUGUGUUGUGCCUUCAGAAUGUCAGAAGUACUGUGGUGCCCAAAGUAGUUGCAGCCCCAUUGCCUAUCCACUGCUGGUGGUAGCAGUGUUGCCCACAGGUCUACAAGGGUUUGUGCUAUCUACAGUAUGUGCUGCCUUUAUGUCCUCCUUGACUUCCAUUUUCAACAGUGCUACUACUGUGUUUACAAUGAACAUCUAUGUCUGGAUUCGGCCUAUGGCCACUGAAAAGGAACUCAUGAUAGCAGGAAGAUUUUUUGUUAUUAUCUUGCUUGCUGUCACUAUUGCCUGGAUUCCUGUUAUAGAAACAUCCCACAGUGAAGUUUUGUUUGAAUGCAUUCAAGUAACUAGAAGUUACCUGCUACCACCUGUGACUGCAGUUUUUCUGCUUGCUGUACUUUGCAAGAGAAUCAAUGAACAGGGUGCCUUCUGGGGCCUGAUUUUUGGGAUGAUGAUUGGCUUCUUUCGACUGAUGGCUUCAUUUGCGUACGGAUCCUGGACCUGCGAUGGAGAGAACAAUUGCCCAGCAUUCAUCUGCGGCUUGCACUACCUCUAUUUUAGCACAAUCCUCUUCCUAGUUAGUGUUCUCAGCAUAUUGGUCAUCUCCUUAAUCACAGACCCAAUUCCAGAUAGACAU